AUGUUGACUUUCUGGGGAGCCAGCAAUGCGAGCUACCACCGUGUUCAGUCCGUAUUAAACAUCGCUCAUUGUGUUCAGGAAGCUCAUCAGGCUCUGUUUGCCGGCGACGUCAUCGCUGUACCAACGGAUACGAUUUAUGGAAUUGCAUCAGCUUUGGGCUCCGUAGGAAAACUGUAUGACAUCAAAGGACGCGAUCAUGCGAAACCGAUCGCCGUUUGCGUAGGCGACCCGCGAGACGUUAGCAAAGUCGCAAAGUUGACUGCCAGUACCAGUCUCUUGCAAGAACUCCUCCCAGGCCCGGUCACUCUAGUUUUCAGGCGUAACGAAUCGCUACCUCUAUGCCUGAACCCCUUCACUGAUCUGGUUGGAGUACGUGUUCCUGACCACGAGUUUAUUCGCCAGCUGUGCCGUUCAUUUGGACCAAUUGCGUUGACAAGUGCUAAUUUAAGCAACACCCGAAGUUGUUUGAAUGUCGAAGAAUUUCAAUGCUUGUGGCCAAAAAUUGGACUAAUAAUCGAUGGCAAUCAGCUUUCCGAAACUGAGCAGAGCAGAAGUGGGUCCACCGUGAUCGAUUUGUCGAUUUCUGGAACAUAUAGAAUAAUUCGCCCCGGAAGGUAA